AGCAUCCCUUCUUCUUCUUCUUCUUCUUCUUCACUCUUCUGCACCUUCGGUGGUCUUUCUCCUUAGACCGCUGUUGGUUGCUGUUCACCAAAAACCAUGUCUCCAUUGAUGAUCUUUCAAGCUUCUUAUUCUAACGACAAAAAACAGGGCAUCGUCGCUGUUCUUUCCUCCGACUCUGAUCACUCUCAAAUUCAAACUUCUUCACUUCGAAGAACUUUAUCUGCUGAUAUGUCUUCCCAUAAAUGGAUCUCUCUCAUGAAAAAAACCUCUUCCUUCCAAGAUUUUCACAACCCCAAAACAGAGGAUGAAACAGAGGGUGUUGAUGUUUGGAGCUCUAUCAUUAAAGAAUCUCGGCAAGAUUCGAAACCUAUUUUGGAUCCUUAUGUUCAUCCUCUUCUUAAGAGAUCUGGGAAGUGUUUGAGUGAAAAGAGCCUUGAGAUUUGUACAGAGAGUCUUGGUUCUGAGACGGGCUCUGAUGGCUUCUCGUCGUAUCCAUCGUCGGAGAAUGGAGAUACCGAUGAUGAGAACGAGGAAAAUAUGAUUGAAAGUACUCAAACAUUUGAGAUGGAGAAUCAAUGGAAGCCUGUGAAGAUCAGCCAUAAGAAAUCGCCACCCCGUCGGUCGCUUCCUCCACCGUUGCCUACUCUUUCUGGGCCGGAUGGCGAGACGUUGAGGAUGCAGCCUCGCCGUGACAAUGGACGUUUGGUCCUUGAGGCCAUGUCGGUGCCUUCACAAAACAAUUUUCAUGCUCAACGUCAAGAUGGUCGCCUUGUUCUCACACUCAUCAAUCGUCAUCUAAUCAAUCAGGUCGAGAAAAUCGACGAAUGGAAAAUGGAAGAAGAGGAAAAAGGAAAAGAACAAAAAACGACAAAAUUAUCAGAAUUUCCAAGAGGGUUACUAAACACACACAGAUUAGCAUCAAUGAUGAGCAGCAAAACAAUAGCUUUAGCCAACAGAAACCCAUCACUCCCUCCACGCCCAAAAGCGGGUCAGCCGAUAAUAGGCUGUGUGGCACCGCCAGUGGUUGCGUCAUUGAACGCCUAUGAGUACUACUGGAGGACAAAGCCGACGGGGAAAGCGGGAACACCGCUUGGGCAGCAGCCGGCAACGUUCAAGAGCAGCAGCAGAAAAGUUAUGAUAUCCAAGAACAGAACAGCAAAUGAAGAAGAGAAAUUGGUAGUAUUGUGUUCAAAUGGGAGUUGUAAGGAAGUGCGGCGGACGGUGGUGUUUUGGGAGCCACGGUGCAUUGCCACCUCCUAAAAUAAUAUUCCAUUUUCAUUUAUAAGCUUCUUACUGUUUUACCUAAAUUUGAUGUUUUUUUUUUCUUCUAAUUUUGUUGUUUUUUGUUAAACUUACUUUCCACUCUUUGGGGAAUUAUGUCAUCUAAUAAAAGUAUAUGAGAGAGAGAUGAGAGAGGGAGAGAUCAUAACUUUUAAUUUGAGAGAAAUAUCAUAUGUACUGUUAAACAAUAUAAAUACUUAAAUUACUAAUUUAGUCCA